GUUGCUCUUGGGCCCCUCCCUCCCUCCAACCCCUCCCUCCCACUACCCGCCUUCGCGUUCUAACUCCCGAGCGAUGUUUAGCGAGUGAGCGGAAGCAUUUAGUCAGCGGGUCCCACUUUAGCUUCAGUGUUAAGGUCGUGUAUGUUUACCUCCUGGAUGUACGUUAUGUUCACAGUGAGACAAACAUGAGGAUAUUAGCUCGUAUUACCAACACGGUAAACACCAUCUCCUGACACGGGUGUUGCAUAUCCAAAUUUUUUUUCCUUGAAGGUUAUUGAUUUCCUAACAAAAUGUAAAAAUCUGGUUCUUCAUCAGAUAAAAAUUUAGCGUUAAGAAUCAAACGGUGCAGAAACAAGAAUCUAUUAGCAAUAAAUAGUGAAGAUACGGUGAACGAGUCUUCAUUAUUAAGCAUAAUAAAUGAAUAAAGAGCAUUUUUUGUGUGUUUUACUAAAUACCAUGUAAAUAUAAUUACCUAAAAAUAAUGAAAAAUUUAUAAACCAGUGUAUAUAAGUGUGACGUACGAUACAGCAAAACCUUAGUAAAAUAUACAAACUGAAAGUUUUCACAUACGAUAACAAUGUUUUUCUCCAUAAUGAAACUGACUGAUAUAUAUGAGAAGUGUGUAGGGCUGCAUCUGCUGCUACUGCUGCUCUGCUGUCUGCUUAGUCCAGCAGCAUCACACCAAGAGUCUACAAACGAGACUCAGGAGGAAGACAUGGAGGAUGUUCGUGUGGUGAUUGGAUACAACGCCUCCCUUCCGUGCAACGUUCGUGCCCCGGACCACGACGCACCUAUUCUCACCCUCUGGUAUAUCGCUGAUGGUGAAGCUCCUGUCUACAGUUUCGACGAGAGACCGGGCCAUCGCGGAUCUAAAUGGGCGGACCCCAAAGUGUUUGGCUCCAGGGCGGUGUAUCACGCCCACAGCGCGCCGCCCGUACUCCUCCUCGCCCACGCCACUAUAGAUGACGGUCGACUCUACCGCUGCAGGGUCGACUUUCAGAACACCAGGUCGAGGGUAGCCUGGGUCAACCUCACUAUCAUUGUACCGCCCACUAAGCUGGAGGUAAUGCCUCGCGUCUCUCCAGUCAAGCUGGGAGAAAGGAACGACGUAAUCUGCAAGGCAUAUGGAGGUUCGCCCCCUCCGCAGGUGCUGUGGCUGCAGGAUGGCAAGAUAGUGGACAGCACUUUUACCAACACCGGAGACGAGACAUAUAAUGUGCUGGAAGUGGAAGCUGCCAGAGGAGACCUCACCUCCUUGUUCUUAUGCCGAGCUACCAAUAACGAGCGCACGGGGCCAGACGAGGUCGAGUAUCUCAGGAAUGUGACCUGCGGGCCGCUAAGUGUCAACAUAGUUGGGGAGGAGGAACCGAUAGCAGAGGGACGGACAGCAACGCUCACGUGCACAGUGUUAGGCAGCAACCCUCCAGCACUCGUCACCUGGUACCAGCAGGGUCAGAUGGUCAAGCCUUUGCAUACAAUGGUGAGGCACCGAGACAACGUAACGAGGAGUGUGUUGUCACUGAACGCUUCCCGCAGUGACCACGGCAGACAGCUAGUGUGUCGCGCCGUCAACACACUCAUUCCCAGUGCUGCCCUAGAGGACAUCUUCACUCUAGACGUCCAGUAUAAGCCUAUAUUAAACAUGUCUCUGGGUCGAAACCUCAAUCACGAUGAUCUACGGGAGGGCACUGACCUAUUUUUUGAGUGUAGGAUCGAUGCCAACCCAGAUCCCUACAAGGUCGAGUGGUGGCAUGAUGGAGAGCUGGUGACUCACAACGUGAGUGCCGGGGUGCUGGUAAGUGAGUCGACUUUAGCCUUGCAGAAAGUGAGGAGAGAGAGGUCGGGUCUGUACCACUGCAGUGCCUCCAACGUCGAGGGCGACACCACGAGCCAGCCAGUUAACAUCACUAUUAAAUACGCGCCGAGGUGCUCUGUAAGUCCUUCCCUACGUGGUGUUGGACUGCUGGAGCCUCUCAACGUCACCUGUGAGGUUGACGCCAACCCUCCUGACGUGAUCUUCUCGUGGACCUUCAACAACUCCGUCAGGAGGGAGCAGAGUGAGCAGGUCAGCAGCAAGAGAUACAAGACUGAGAGGCUACGAAGUGUGCUUUUCUACACGCCCAUGUCAGAGCGAGACUACGGCACGCUGCUCUGCUAUGCCUCUAACUCCGUCGGCACUCAGAAGACGCCUUGUUCCUUCACUGUCAUCUCCGCUGGUCCACCGGAGGAAGUGACUGGGUGUACGGUGAGCAAUGUCACCUCUCACUCCAGCAGUAUAGUCUGCCUGCCGGGCUUCAACGGUGGUUUACCACAAAUGUUCCUUCUUCAGGUGUGGAAGGAGGAUCCACCCAAGGCAGAUGUGUUGGUGCUGAACAUUUCACUGUCUCAGCCAGAGUUCCUGGUGCGGUCAUUGGUCCCUGGACACCACUACCGCGCCCACGUUACCGCACACAACGCGAGAGGUGCCACCCCACCUGUCACUCUCUAUAUCCACACUCUAAAGCAAGCAGAAAUGCAUAAAAGUUUGCCUUCGCGUUCUGAACCGUCGCCACUGACGUUGGUGCUGGCGGUGAUCGGCGGUGCUUUGCUAGUGGUGGUGGCGCUGCUGGUGGGUAUUUGGGCGGUGAGAGGUCGCAGAAGAAACUCCCACAACCACAGAGAGAGUGUCCAUAUUCCUAUGAAAGAAUCUAAUCCUGACAUACUUGAGGCUGCUCCCCAACCACCCUCAUCUGCCCAUACUAUAAGCAUCAGCAUUAUCAAACAGACUCAUCCACCGUAUGAUGGGGAGACCUCUCCACCCGACGGAAGCGCAGAAGAGCUGGGCAUGGGUAUGGGCCUUCGGCCUGGGUUACCCUCGCAGAAAACUGCCUUUGGAGUUUCCGAACUUUUACACAGACCAAUUGAAAAGAGUUUACAGUAUCACCUUCACAUCAGUAUCACCUUCACAUCAGUAUCGCCUUCACAUCAAUAUCACCUUCACAUCAAUAUCACCUUCACAUCAAUAUCACCUUCACAUCAAUAUCACCUUCACAUCAAUAUCACCUUCACAUCAAUAAUCACUCUUUCACAUCAAUAUCACCUUCACAUCAAUAUCACCUUCACAUCAAUAUCACCUUCACAUCAAUAUUACCUUAACAUCAAUAACAUCUUCACAUUAGCAUCUCCUUCACAUAAGCGUCACCUUAACAUUAUCACCUUCAAACCAUACCACGGACUUAAUUUCUCAAGUUCUUGGGACUUUCAAGUUCUUGGGACUUUCAAGUUCUUGGGACUUUCAAGUUCUUGGGACUUUCAAGUUCUUGGGGACUUUCAAGUUCCUGGGGACUUUCAAGUUCCUGGGGACUUUCAAGUUCCUGGGGACUUUCAAGUUCCUGGGGACUUUCAAGUUCCUGGGACUUUCAAGUUCCUGGGGACUUUCAAGUUCCUGGGGACUUUCAAGUUCCUGGGGACUUUCAAGUUCCUGGGGACUUUCAAGUUCCUGGGGACUUUCAAGUUCCUGGGGACUUUCAAGUUCCUGGGGACUUUCAAGUUCCUGGGGACUUUCAAGUUCCUGGGGACUUUCAAGUUCCUGGGGACUUUCAAGUUCCUGGGGACUUAA